UGUAUUCGGGCAGCUGUGCUGUCGAUACAUAUGAAAUCCAUGAGCUUUUCGAGAUUUAUUUAAGAUAUUUAAUUUAUUUGUAAAAUUAAUUCAGAUAAUUGAUAACUUCUUUUACCUUGAACAAAGGGAAGAACUUUAAUCCCAAAUUUUGAAAGAAAAAAACCGAAAAUGUAAGACUAAGGCAACUGGGUUGUUUACGAGUUCCCAAGUUUUGGCAAAUAACGGAAGAUAACAGAGAUGAAACAGAAGUUAGUACCUAGCAAAAGGUCGUACCUUCCAAAUAUACGUUGGCGGUUGCCUAAGCGACUAAAUUCGCAAAAAUCAGUAAAAUGGAAAAAUAAAUAAUUCAUGAAACAAAGCCUAAGAGAGAAAUUCGAUUUAAAAAAAAACAAACAAAAAGUGAAAAAAUGGAGAAGGAAGAUAAAUUGGCGAAUUAUGACGAAAACGAAUUUGAUAGGAAAUUCGUACGAACCCGAUCGAAAUUCGUACGAAAGUCGUACGAAUUUCGCACGAAUAAUUUUUUCCUGGGAUGUCUUUUAUACAUUUUCUAAAAGCUAAAAAAGUGACAUUUUUCCGCACCUUCUCCACUUUACACUCAUAUUUUGAGAAAAGUAACAAAUAUUUAAAAAUCUAUCUAAUUUCUUUUUAUUUUUUUUUAUAGAAUCGCUGAAGAACCUUCGAGUUCUUCGGAGACGGAAGCGGCCAAUUUGCCGCAACAACAGCGGUCGCCCAUACGGGGAAACCCGGAAAAUGAUCUGAUGUAAGUUUUUUCUAUCUAUCUAUCUAUCUAUCUAUCUAUCUAUCUAAUGUAAUUUUGCUCUAAACAUAAAAUCUAAAAAAUUACAGGACUUUGCAAUUUUCAAAAAAAUUAAAAAUUUUAAUUUCUGUCAGUUCUGAUUAGAGUUUUGGCAUCAAUGCUAAAAGUUAUACUAGUAAUUAUAAUGCCAUUUUGCUCUAAACACAAAAACCAAUAAGUUACAGGAUUUUGAAAUUAUCAAAAUAGACAAAAUUAAUGUUCGUUUUGCAAUACAUACAAACUUGUCAAAUUCUUUAAGUAAUUAUAUACAAGAAAGUGGACGAGCUGGAAGAGACAAUUUUGAAAGUACAUGUUUGCUAUUUAGUAAUCCGAGUGAAUAUCAUUUCAAAUUAUUAAAAAUUCUUAACGACAGUAAUUAUAAUUUUACAUUAAAAGAAUUGCUAACAAAAAAAUUAUUAGAAAUGAUAGCAUAUUCGAAUAAUACAAGUAAAUGUCGAUAUUCUCUUUUAAUAAAUUAUUUAAAAGAUUGAAAUAUUAAUAAGAAUAACAAUUUGAUAUGUAAUAAAUGUGAUAUUUGUUUAAAUCAACAAACAUUUAUCGCUAUUGAUGUUAUAAAUUAUUCACAAAAAUUAUACAGCAGUAUUCAAGAAAUUAAUUUUCAUAAUUUAAAAUUAACAAUUACGAAUAUAAUACAUUUCUUUAAAGGAAUCGUUUCUUAAAGAUGGUGACUUCCUACGUUAUCAUGAAAUAAUGUAAGAAGGGAUAAUAUAUGUCAAGGAACUCGAAGAGUCUCUGGGUGCAUGUGGCUCAGUGGUCAGAGCAGUCUACCGGGCAAUAGAAAGGUCGUGGGCUCGUAACCGUUUUUUUAAGUUCUUUAAUAAUUUUGAAAUUAUUAAUUAAUUUCGAAAAUAUUUUUCAGAUUAAGCAGGCUUUUGUAUUCGGGCAGCUGUGCUGUCGAUACAUAUGAAAUCCAUGAGCUUUUCGAGAUUUAUUCAAGAUAUUUAAUUUAUUUGUAAAAUUAAUUCAGAUAAUUGAUAACUUCUUUUACCUUGAACAAAGGGAAGAACUUUAAUCCCAAAUUUUGAAAGAAAAAAACCGAAAAUGUAAGACUAAGGCAACUGGGUUGUUUACGAGUUCCCAAGUUUUGGCAAAUAACGGAAGAUAACAGAGAUGAAACAGAAGUUAGUACCUAGCAAAAGGUCGUACCUUCCAAAUAUACGUUGGCGGUUGCCUAAGCGACUAAAUUCGCAAAAAUCAGUAAAAUGGAAAAAUAAAUAAUUCAUGAAACAAAGCCUAAGAGAGAAAUUCGAUUUAAAAAAAAACAAACAAAAAGUGAAAAAAUGGAGAAGGAAGAUAAAUUGGCGAAUUAUGACGAAAACGAAUUUGAUAGGAAAUUCGUACGAACCCGAUCGAAAUUCGUACGAAAGUCGUACGAAUUUCGCACGAAUAAUUUUUUCCUGGGAUGUCUUUUAUACAUUUUCUAAAAGCUAAAAAAGUGACAUUUUUCCGCCCCUUCUCCACUUUACACUCAUAUUUUGAGAAAAGUAACAAAUAUUUAAAAAUCUAUCUAAUUUCUUUUUAUUUUUUUUUAUAGAAUCGCUGAAGAACCUUCGAGUUCUUCGGAGACGGAAGCGGCCAAUUUGCCGCAACAACAGCGGUCGCCCAUACGGGGAAACCCGAAAGAUGAUCUGAUGUAAGUUUUUUCUAUCUAUCUAUCUAUCUAUCUAUCUAUCUAUCUAUCUAUCUAAUGUAAUUUUGCUCUAAACAUAAAAUCUAAAAAAUUACAGGACUUUGCAAUUUUCAAAAAAAUUAAAAAUUAAAAAUUUUAAUUUCUGUCAGUUCUGAUUAGAGUUUUGGCAUCAAUGCUAAAAGUUAUACUAGUAAUUAUAAUGCCAUUUUGCUCUAAACACAAAAACCAAUAAGUUACAGGAUUUUGAAAUUAUCAAAAUAGACAAAAUUAAUGUACGUUUUGCAAUACAUACAAACUUGUCAAAUUCUUUAAGUAAUUAUAUACAAGAAAGUGGACGAGCUGGAAGAGACAAUUUUGAAAGUACAUGUUUGCUAUUUAGUAAUCCGAGUGAAUAUCAUUUCAAAUUAUUAAAAAUUCUUAACGACAGUAAUUAUAAUUUUACAUUAAAAGAAUUGCUAACAAAAAAAUUAUUAGAAAUGAUAGCAUAUUCGAAUAAUACAAGUAAAUGUCGAUAUUCUCUUUUAAUAAAUUAUUUAAAAGAUUGAAAUAUUAAUAAGAAUAACAAUUUGAUAUGUAAUAAAUGUGAUAUUUGUUUAAAUCAACAAACAUUUAUCGCUAUUGAUGUUAUAAAUUAUUCACAAAAAUUAUACAGCAGUAUUCAAGAAAUUAAUUUUCAUAAUUUAAAAUUAACAAUUACGAAUAUAAUACAUUUCUUUAAAGGAAUCGUUUCUUAAAGAUGGUGACUUCCUACGUUAUCAUGAAAUAAUGUAAGAAGGGAUAAUAUAUGUCAAGGAACUCGAAGAGUCUCUGGGUGCAUGUGGCUCAGUGGUCAGAGCAGUCUACCGGGCAAUAGAAAGGUCGUGGGCUCGUAACCGUUUUUUUAAGUUCUUUAAUAAUUUUGAAAUUAUUAAUUAAUUUCGAAAAUAUUUUUCAGAUUAAGCAGGCUUUUGUAUUCGGGCAGCUGUGCUGUCGAUACAUAUGAAAUCCAUGAGCUUUUCGAGAUUUAUUCAAGAUAUUUAAUUUAUUUGUAAAAUUAAUUCAGAUAAUUGAUAACUUCUUUUACUUUGAACAAAGGGAAGAACUUUAAUCCCAAAUUUUGAAAGAAAAAAACCGAAAAUGUAAGACUAAGGCAACUGGGUUGUUUACGAGUUCCCAAGUUUUGGCAAAUAACGGAAGAUAACAGAGAUGAAACAGAAGUUAGUACCUAGCAAAAGGUCGUACCUUCCAAAUAUACGUUGGCGGUUGCCUAAGCGACUAAAUUCGCAAAAAUCAGUAAAAUGGAAAAAUAAAUAAUUCAUGAAACAAAGCCUAAGAGAGAAAUUCGAUUUAAAAAAAAACAAACAAAAAGUGAAAAAAUGGAGAAGGAAGAUAAAUUGGCGAAUUAUGACGAAAACGAAUUUGAUAGGAAAUUCGUACGAACCCGAUCGAAAUUCGUACGAAAGUCGUACGAAUUUCGCACGAAUAAUUUUUUCCUGGGAUGUCUUUUAUACAUUUUCUAAAAGCUAAAAAAGUGACAUUUUUCCGCACCUUCUCCACUUUACACUCAUAUUUUGAGAAAAGUAACAAAUAUUUAAAAAUCUAUCUAAUUUCUUUUUAUUUUUUUUAUAGAAUCGCUGAAGAACCUUCGAGUUCUUCGGAGACGGAAGCGGCCAAUUUGCUGCAACAACAGCGGUCGCCCAUACGGGGAAACCCGGAAGAUGAUCUGAUAAUCGCUGAAGAACCUUCGAGUUCUUCGGAGACGGAAGCGGCCAAUUUGCCGCAACAACAGCGGUCGCCCAUACGGGGAAACCCGGAAAAUGAUCUGAUGCAAUGCGGGCCGAGAUUGGACAAAGACGCGGGUGAAUUUUUAUCUAAGAAUUUCGUACAAUUGCGACAAAAAUUUAAGGAACACGAGUUAGCAACGGACAAACAACUCUCCAUUCAAAUGACUAUUCGUCAAUUAGAAUCUAUUAUCAGAAUUUCUGAAUCCUUGGCCAAAAUGAAAUUGAAACCGUUCGCUACGAAAGCUGACGUGACAGAGGCUUUUCGUCUCUUUUAUGAGUCAACAGUUUUGGCUUCCACGCAUGGAUCCCUUAAAGGUUAGAGAUAAAAAAGUUUUCGAAAUUAGAAAUUUGUUAAGGGGACAUUCCAGUUCAAAACAGGCAAAAAGAAGGCUUUUUUUAGUAUAUAUUAUUAAAAUA